CCUGCGCUUGUGUGCGCUGAGUUCGCCUUAUCUGCAUAGGAUAGAACAGCUUCAUCUGCAAAGUCCUCUCAUCUUAGCAGGGCAAAACAAUGGCUUCGUCUGCCUUCACUUCGGUUCCUCUCUCUUCUUCUUCUCUCAAUGUUCCUCAUUCUUCUUCCAAACUCCCUUCCAAUUUUCUAUCUUCUCCCGUUGGCGCAUUCUCUCGUGGUCCCAAAUUUCUCUUUGCAGAACCAAGAUACCAUUUUCACCCAAAGGGAAACGCUUCUAAAUUUUCCAUUGCUGCCCAAACCCUAGACUUCUCCGAUUCGUUCUUCGAAGGGGGUUUCGGCUCCGAAGACGACCCCAAUUCACCAGGCGGAACCGGGUUCACGGCCGUCGAGGAAAAGGAGGAGCCCCCUUGCCCACCCGGCCUUCGACAGUACGAGACAAUGAUGGUUUUGAGGCCCGACAUGACCGAGGAUGAACGACUUGCACUCACCCAGAAGUACGAGGAGAUUCUUGUUGCUGGAGGUGGCAUGUAUGUAGAGGUUUUUAACAGAGGAGUUAUUCCUCUAGCAUAUGGGAUCAAGAAGAAAAACAAAGCUGGGGAGACCAACACUUAUUUGGAUGGCAUCUACCUGCUGUUCACCUACUUCACCAAGCCUGAAUCCGUAAAGCCUCUCGAGGACACAGUGUUAACGGAUGAUAAUGUUAUCCGAUCAAUGAGUUCCAAAGUUAGGAAGAGGAAAUAUUAGUUUCUUUUCAGGUCUCAGGUAGCUCCUUCAAAAAGAUGGUUCACAAAAAGUAAUGUUGUAUUUAUUAUUAUUGUUUUUCCUUUUUCAGUGUCAUUUGGAUUCAAGUAUUUUUGUAACAUGAUUUAAAGAGAGAUGUAGGUGCUAUCUAUCACUUGCAGUCUGCAAAAUUACCAUGCUCAAUGCAGUUUGCUAUAUGUUGACAAUUAAUUUGUAAAUUCUUUUUCUAACAAGUCUACAAUCUUAUAUGGAACUAAUAAAUUUUGA